AUGGAGGGGACUGCUUUCACUCCUGCACUGGAAGAACUCCAGCAUGUAAAGUCUGAGCAAGGAGAGAUUCUUACCAAGCCUUUCUUGGAUUCAUGCAGACACAUAUUGCCUGUUAUAGAUAAGUUUGGACCUGCUAUGACCCUUGUUAAAUCCGACAUAGGUGGUAAUAUAACGAGAUUGGAAACUUUAUACUCAUCCAAUCCAUCAAGAUUUAAUAUUCUGUACAGUUUGGUACAAGUAGAGAUCGAAAGUAAAACCGCUAAAUCAUCAUCCAGUUGUACCAAUGGGCUUCUUUGGUUGACAAGAGCAAUGGAUUUCUUGGUGGCUUUGUUCCAAAACUUGAUUGUGCAUAAAGAUUGGCAUAUGUCACAAGCAUGUACAGAUGCAUACAACAAGACUCUGAAGAAGUGGCAUGGCUGGCUUGCUAGUUCAAGCUUCACUGUAGUCAUGAAGCUUGCUCCAGACAGGAAAAAGUUCAUCGAGGUGAUAGGAGGUACCGGUGAUAUCAAUGCUGACAUAGAGAAAUUUUGUACAACCCUCUCUCCUCUCCUUCUUCAGAAUCACAAGUUUCUGGCGCGAUUUAAGUUGGAUGAUAUGAAGGCAUCAUGA